GUUAGGUUAGACCGGACGGUUCAGCGCCGCUGGAUCAGCGGCCGUCCGUGCAAGGCACGUUGCCGUCGGGGCGGACGCGGCGGCCGCGUCGAGUUGUGUCGUCAUCCGCGUCGUCCGCGCCGUCAUUAUCACCGCGCGCGCGACGCACAGUCGUCGGACGGUUGUCGAAGACGUCGGAGCGAGAGGACGUCGUCGGUCUCGUCACGUCUCCUGCCGCAACCCUCACGUCGCGCCUCCCGCAGCUCAACCCCUUCAUUAACGAAACGGGCACCCCCGACGAAAUGGGCAUCGGGGAAAUAAUCGAUUUUACGUCGCUUGACGCGGACACGCAGGAGCUGAUAAAGGAGGGCGUGGCGGUGCGCGAGAACUCGUACUCGCCGUACAGUAAGUUCAAGGUCGGCGCUGCGGUGCGAUGCGCCGACGGCAGCAUCUCGCGGGGCUGCAACGUGGAGAACGCCUCCUACCCGGCGGGUGUGUGCGCCGAGACGAUGGCGAUCGCGCGGGCCGUGUCGGAGGGCAAGCGAAAGUUCACGGCGUUGGCCGUGGUCGCCGAUCUGGAGUCCACGUUCACCACGCCGUGCGGGGUCUGCAGGCAGUUCAUGUCCGAGUUCGGCGAUAACAUGCCCAUCUACCUGUCGAGAUCCGACAUGAAGAAGGUUCUACAGACUAAGAUGAACGAACUGUUGCCCUCGCCCUUUCGCUCGUAAUUCGUCCACGCUGUCGGAGAGGUGACAUUCGGAAACGACACGGAGGCUACAACGAGAGGCGUUGAACUUUUCUAUGUGUACUUAAUUAAGAGUCAUUAAUCUCAUCCAAACUUUAGAAUAUUCAUCAAAACUGAACAUUUGUAUAAAUCUUAUUACGUACAUGACUCAGCAUAUUCAACAUAAAACUUUAUUUCAAUGAAAUUAAGAUCUACGAUGCGGAAAUAUUAUUUACAAUGAUAUAUAUGUGAUAUAUAUAUGGGUAUAUCAACUAUUGUUUAAAGCGACUACGAUAACACUGCAACGAACGUAUUUUCUCGCUGUAAUCUUGUUUUUUG